AUGUUUGUGUCUAUUUUGGGUUCCGACGUGAACACAACUGAUCCCAAGUUGAGUGUUGACACGUGUUUGCACGCAAUGGUCAAAGCAAUUGGUCAUCACUUCUUGGCGGACGAGAGGGACCGCAAGUAUUACGCCGACUCUUACUCGUGUCGACCGCCGCCACUCUUCAUCGUCACCAUAACCCUCACUGAAUUGGCUUUCUUCAUAUUCUACUGGACCCAAGAGGGAGGUGUGAGCCCUUCAGGACCCGUUCCCGUCGACAGUAUGUUUAUCUACAGACCCGACAAAAGGAGUGAAAUCUGGAGAUUUGUCUUGUAUUUGGUAUUACACGCGGGUUGGGUUCACUUGUUUUUCAACUUAUUGGUGCAAAUGUUGGUGGGAUUGCCUCUUGAGAUGGUUCACGGGUCCACUCGAAUCGCAACCGUAUAUAUGGCAGGAGUUUUGGCCGGUUCAUUGGGGACAUCAGUGUUUGAUUCGGAUGUAUAUCUAGUCGGCGCUUCCGGUGGUGUAUACGCCCUAUUGGCCGCACACUUAGCCAAUGUAUUGCUGAACUACAAUCACAUGGUGUCGGGAACCUUACGACUUGUGGCCGUCUUAGUCGUCGCGUCGACUGACGUGGGGAUCGCCAUAUACGACAGGUAUGUCCACCCAAAUGCCGGUCCAGUUUCAUACGUGGCUCAUCUGACCGGAGCGUUGGCCGGACUUACGAUCGGUUUAAUAGUGUUAAAAAACUUUGAACAAAAACUUCACGAACAGCUCAUAUGGUGGAUAGCACUGGGAGUCUAUGGCGCCUGUGUUUUGUUCGCCAUUCUCUAUAACAUCUUCAACUGAUUUACUUAGUCAUCAAAAAGUAGUCACUUUUGGACGAUUCACUCAUUUAGUAAUCCAUAGCUUCUCAGGGAUUAUACUUAUGCUCAAAAUGAUUGCUUUUAUACAUUUGAUAUUCUUUUAUACUAUUUGAUACUCUAAACAAGUAAUCUCACCAGGCAUAAUACGAUUGCAUAUACAGUAACCC